CAACUUGAGGUACGAUACUUUUUCCCAAUACGCGCCAAUGCAAGUGUUAUUUACUCACACUACUGAGUCUGCCACGCUUCAGUAGCAUCGUGGAAGGGUUAGAGUGGUAAUAUCAAACUCUUUCUCUCUCUCCUCUCACGCCCUCAACACUACAUAAGAUCCAAUAUGACGUUCAGCCAGUCCUCCUCCUCCUCUUCCUCCCCCUCCGCCCCCCUUCCUCCUCCCCUCCCUCCUCCUCCUCCCUCUACAAAGCCACUGACCUCCCUCACCUGACCUUGACCAACACAGAGAAGAAGCAGAAGAUCGAGGCCCUUCUCUCCCCUCUUAUCCUGACGGAGGCGCAGCAGCAGCAGGUGAGGGAGGUGUUCCUGGAGGAGAUGCGUCUAGGCCUGGCGGAGAACCCUGAGCGCCCUUCCUCCCUGCUGAUGGAGAACACCUUUAUCCCGCAGCUUCUGGAUGGCACAGAGUGCGGAGAAUACCUGGCCCUGGAUCUUGGAGGCACGAACUUCAGAGUCCUUUACGUGGUACUGAAAGACGGCAAAUUUGUGGAGGAGAACGUUGAUUACUUUGAGGUACCCCGUGAGUUGCGCCUGGGCCCCGGAGAAGACCUGUUUGACUUCCUGGCGCAGUGUCUGUCUGAGUUUGUGCAGAAAAGGAAGCUCUGCGGCCGUAACUUCAAGCUAGGCUUCACCUUCUCCUUCCCAAUGACGCAAAAGAGCCUGGACGUUGGAAUCCUAGUGUCCUGGACUAAAUCCUUCAACUGCUCCGGCGUGGUGGGGCAGGACGCCGUCAGUAUGCUAAACAAGGCCAUUCACAAGAGGGACAAUCUGAAUAUAGACGUCAAUGCAAUUCUUAACGACACAACAGGUACUCUAGUGAUGGGGUCCUACCUUGAUCACCGCUGCGCCCUUGGGAUCAUCAUGGGCACGGGAUCCAACGGCGCCUACAUAGAAAAAGUGGAAAGAAUCGAAAAGUGGUUGGGAAAACAUCCAGAAAAGGAGAUGCUGGUGGACAUUGAAUGGGGAGCCUUCGGGGACAACGGGGUGCUGGACUUCAUCAGAACACAGUGGGACAAUGCCGUGGAUGAACAGUCGUUGCUGGUACACUCUUACACGUUUGAGAAGUACUACGGGGGGAAGUACAUGGGUGACUUGUUCCGGGAGGUGUUGCUGACGCUGGCCAAGGAGGGAUGUCUCGGCAAGGGCGGCGUGGGCAAACUGGCUACCCACGGCUCCAUCACCACCACCACCGUGUCCACCAUUGAGAAGGAAAGUAUGGAAGGCGAGCAGGCGACGGCGAGGAAGGCCCUGGAGGAGGCGGAGCUGGAGUGGGAGGAGGAGGACCUGGAGGUGCUGAAAUAUGUGGCUGGGCUCGUUUCCUACAGAGGCGCUCUUCUUGUGUCCCUACUGGUGGGCGUGUUGCUGCAGAGGAUGGAGCGGCCUCACUGUACGGUGGCGAUUGACGGGUCUCUCUACCGACACCACCCGCGCAUCCGUCCCCUUAUGGAGCAUCUUAUUGCCAAAUUUGCGCCGGGACACCCUUUUGACUUACGGCAGGCUCAUGACGGGUCAGGCAAGGGCGCCGCGCUGGUGGCCGCCAUAGCUGAUAGGCUGCACAAGAAUGGGGCCACCACCACCACCACCACCACCACCACCACCACUAAUGAUUGACUCGCCUUCUUCUGAGAUUCUUCUUCUUCUUCUUCUUCUUCUUCUUCUUUUCUUCUUCUUCUGUUUUUUUCCUGUUGUUGUUGUUGUUGUUCUUCCUCUUCCUCUUCUUAUUCCUCCUCCUCCUCCUCCUCCUCUAGUUUUUUAUUGUUUUCUUCUUCUUCUUCUUCUUCUUCUUCUUCUUCUUCUUCUUUUUCUUCUUCUUCUUCUUCUUCUUCUUCUUCCUCCUCCUCUUUUAGUUCUUUCUUAUUUUGUUGUUCUUCUUCGUCCUCUUGUUUCUGGUCUUCUUCCUCUUCUUGUUCCUCUUCCUCCUCCUCCUCUACUUCUUUAUUAUCUUCUUCCUUUUCUUUUUCUUCCUCAAAUUCCUCUUCUUCUUCCUCCUCCUCGUUUCUCUCUCUCUCUCUCUCUCUCUCUCUCUCUCUCUCUCUCUCUCUCUCUCUCUCUCUCUCUCUUCGAAAAUUUAGCAGUAUUGAGAAAAAAAAUAUUAUUAUUAUUAUUAUUAUUAUUAUUAUUAUUAUUAUUAUUAUUAUUAUCAUCAUCAUCAUAUUUUUCUAUCUUGUUCUGAUAAUAUUUUUCCAUUUUAUUAUUUUCAUCUUUUUUUCUUUAUUUACUUCUUUUAAUUUCCCCUUAAUAUUAUUCUUGUUAUUUUUUUCUUAUUUUUAUCAUCGUUACUCAUUCAUAUUGUUUUCUUGCUAUGUUACGCAAAAUAUCCUCCCCAUUUUCUUUUACUUUCAUUUUCAAACAUUAUUUCCCUCCCCCCUUUCCCUCACCCAGCGGAUUAUUAUCAUUAUCAUCACUAUUAUUAUUUCUAUUACUAUUACGCAUUAAUAUCCUUUCUAUAUUAACCCCUCUACACUAUUUUUUUUUUCCACGGAUUAUCAUUAUCAUCAUUAUUAUCGUUAUUAUUAGUUUUUUUUUCUUUUAUAUACGUUACGUUAAUAAAGGUUACGACGUCUAUUGUUUUGUUACGCUGCGUGUUGAGCACAAGCCUAUAUUUGUGAAAAUGUUAUACUGGAACUCAA